AUGGCUGACGAGGUUCAACUUGAUGAUGAUGCUCAUAUGGAGGUUGGUUUGAAAUAAGAAAUUUUUGCUAACGUAAAGCAUAAUAAAUAUGGGGUUUGAAACACUAUUUCAAAACAAAAAAGAAAAAACACAUGAAAAUUCGAUCAUUUUUUAUUUGUUUUUUUUUUCAAAAGGAGAAAUUAUUUUUGAAAUUGAAUAAAAAUAAUUUUUAUCUGGAAAAAACACAAAAAUUUGACGCUUUGAGAAAACUAAACCUAGUACUCUAACAUUUUAUUUUUCAUAAUAAUAAUCUUAAUCUAAACAUAAUAUGUAAUUGGAAUUUGAAUAAGUAAUGAGUGAAGUCAGAUAAUAAUUUUCUAGCUUUAAAAUGUGGGUGGUCUUGAGCAGGUGUAAAAUAAAAUUGGCGUAGUUUUGAAAAUCAAUUUUGUGUUUCAGCUGGAGCACCUAGCCGAUCUUUUGUCACAAGUUCCACUCUACUGUGAACACUUGGUGAGUUUUGAUGAAUCUAUCGGCUAUAAUUUGAAUCCGUCAUAUUCAGAACACGAUCGCAGCCAUUGGUCCUCACGACUUUUUUGUCCGAGCUAAUGAAUUAUCUUUCCGUUUUCUCGAUUGGUCAAAUGAUAUGUAUGUCUACUAUGAACUUCAAGUUGCUCUUGCUCACUCCCGGGUAUCAAAAGCACUGUCUGAAAAACGUUUUGAAAAAUGCAUAUUUUUCAGCGACUUUAUCGUCAAUAUUUUGAAGCACAUGUUCGACUGUACCGUGAACUUCUCAUUGAUGUAGCUCAAUAUCUCAGAGCUCUAGGGAAUCGUUGA